AUGGCGCGGCAGGGAGUCCUGGCGCUGGCAGCAGCAUUUGCGGUGCUAGCUCCCAGCGCCUUCCUGGUCCCAGCUGCCCAGAAUGCCCCAAGGCAGCUGGCGCCGCACAACAGCGUCAGGGUAGAGGCGGAUGGCUGUGUUCGGCUGGAAUCGUUGCAGGCUGCGACAGCUUCGGAACGAGAGGCGCCGGAGCCGCUCGGGAAGUUCAGCGGCAGCUCAGUGGCGCUGAUCCUGGCGGCUGCAGUCGUCGCGCGGAACGUGGCCAUGUACGGCGCAUCGCCCAAGGGAAAGCGGGCGCACUGGAGAACACAGAGAGACAAGGUGCGAUGGUACCGCCGAGGUGAGAAUGCAGCCAAGAGAGCUUUGGCAUUGGGGCGGGGAAUCCGGGAUGGAACGGUCGACUUCAUCUAUGGUCAGGUGGAGGAGCAAGAGGACGACGACGACUACGAUGAUGAGUGCGCGAGUGGGAAGAUCGGCUCGCCAGAGGCGUGCGAGUGCCUGCUUGCCACGGGCCGCAGGCUCCAAGAUCCGGACACUUCGAUCGAGCGCCAGGUCCAGACCUUCACGGAUCCCAUGAACCCCUUCGCCCGGAACACCUCGAAGGCCAUGACCAACCUCCAGGAGGCGCGUGCUGACCCUGCACGCGCUGGCGCGCGCACGCGCAACCCAGGCAUGAUUCCUGCUGCCGAAGGCUCCGACCGUCUGGGCUUCUCCGUGUAUCGCUACGGCCACCAUGUGUACCGGCCGCAGAAGCGCAUCUCGGACGUCUUCCCCGGCUCCCCGAGCAGCACCAUGGUGACACCGGCGCCGUCGCCCCGCAACGUGCCGUCCCCGCGCUCCAGCCAAGGUGCAACGGAAGCAUUGCGUUCGGGAAAACCGAUCACCGCGACGACAGCUCUGGAGAACUAUCUCAAUGACAUGAAGCGCUGCUCGACAUCCCUGCGCAACGUGCCUCCGACGCCCUCGGCAGACCUGCAAAGGAUGAACAACGAGCUGACCUUCUUGCCCUCCGAGCGGGGCAAGGGCGACGCUUUGAAGCGUCGAAGUCGCUCCCUUUCCGUGGAUCGCUCCAUGCAUGAGGAAAGCAGCAGUUCCGACGCCUACGGCUUUGCAAGGAAGCGCCCCGUGUCUGGGGCUCUCGGAGCGGCCAACCGCUCUCACAGGGACAUGCUUUAUCACCUGGAGCAGCCAGAGGUGCAGGCCCCAAGGACGCCUCGCACGCCACGAGUUGUGCAGGAUGACAAGCGCUUCCAAGAGGUGGUGGCCUACAUGAAGGAGACAAAGCCUGAAUUGGCCCGGUGCUUCUCCGAGUACAAGGCGAGGAACCGAGACUCCACGGGCUUGCUCUACAGCUCACCGGUGCUAGCUUGA